AUGAAAAAGAAACCGGAGCAGAAAGAUAAAGAUGCUGAGCGUGCAUUCAAAUGGCGUAAUUGCGCCUUGACACAACAACCGUUGCAACAACCGAUAGUCGCUUGUGGUUUGGGUCGACUGUACACAAAGAGUUCAGUUUUGGAGUCACUUCUAGAUAAGGAAACUAAACCUGAAUGUAUAAGUCAUAUUAAGAACAUGAAGGAUAUCAAGGAUUUAAAGCUUACAAAGAAUCCCGCAUUCACGGAUGCAGAACAUACUGAUGGUGCAGUAGGUGAUGGAAGUGCACCUUACAUCUGCCCUAUUAGUGGUCUCGAGAUGACUGGAAAAUUCCGCUUUAUAUUCCUUUGGAGCUGUGGAUGUGUGCUGGCUGAACGAGCCUUGAAAGAAGUCAAACAAAACAUCUGUCAUUUAUGUCAACAACCCUUUACUGAUACUGACAUUAUUGUGCUUAACGGAAAUGAGGAGGACAAUGAACUGUUGAAAGCGAAAAUGGCUAUUCGUGUGGCAAGCAGGAAAAACAAAAAAAUAAAAGCAGGGAAACCAGAAAAAGAAGACGCAGCCAAUAUAGAAACAGUGACAUCUCAAAAUCCGAAAGAAGAAGUUAUACCUACCACCUCAGGGACAGAAAUAAAAAAGGAAAUUGUACAGGAGCCAGGUAGCAGUCAAGCAGUGAAGAAGGAAAUGGACACUAUACCAUUAUCUCUACCAAAAUACAACCCCAACAAACAGCCCAGAGGACAUUUUGGAUCAUCCAAACGUGCAUUCCCAACGGGUCUAGUUGAAGAUCCAUCAUACAAAAAGACUAAAAAGGAUUACAGUAUAGCUAAGGAUCCGCAAAGCAGUGAAGUGUAUAAGUCAAUAUUUACAUCACAUCAAAAUGAUAAGAACCAACAAAGGGCACAUUGGGUUACCUACAAUCCAUUUUACAAU